GUAACCACGCACUGUUUCGAAAGCUUGGCAAAGCUUCUUUUCAGAUUGUUAAAACUCUUUGCGUGCAACGCUUCGUACCACUCAGCCGUCCAUCGUACAGGUUGAAAUCAAAUUUCAAUUCAUCUUUAAGUGUCGUUGGCUAUUUUAACAAAAUGGCGAGAUCAUCGUCAGACAGCAGUGAUGACGAAAGAAAAACGGUCCGGAUAGGACCUGCUCCACCAAUCCCGAAGAAAACUUACGCCACCAAGAGUUCAACGAUGCAAAAGAGGAAGAAGCAGUGUUGCCUUCUGAUCAGGAAAAAAUGGUUCAUCGCAGCGAUGAGCGCAUUUAUUCUGCUGCUCAUUUUGGCCAUUGUUCUGGGCGUGACUUUGGGUGGAAAGAAUAAGUCGGUUGUUUACAGCAAUCCAGUCAAUAUGACGUGGUGGCAAAAUUCCACAAUCUACCGUUGCUACGUGACGUCCUACGUCGAUUCUGAUGGAGACGGAAUAGGAGAUUUCAAAGGAAUCCAGGAACGCUUAAGCUAUCUAAAAGAACUUGGAGUUGACGUUUUAUGGUUGUCACCUAUCCAGAAUACGAACACAGUGUCUGGCACCGACGUAAUCGACGCGAAACAAGUUAAAAUUGAAUAUGGCUUGCAACAAGAUUUUCGGAAUCUCGUCGCUGCCGCCAAAGAAAUGGGAAUCAAGGUGAUUAUGGAUAUCAUUUUGAAUCAUAGCGGGAGCGCCCAUAAGUGGUUCAAGCAGUCGCAGUUGUCAACAAACCCUUACAAAGACUAUUAUAUUUGGAGCAAGGGUAAAUUAGGAGGGUUAAAUGACACUAAACCUCUACCUCCCAACAACUGGAUUUCACUGUACAACGGCUCCGCCUGGCAGUGGAGUGAGAGCAGACAGGAGUAUUACCUUCGUCAGUUUUGGAAAAACGAGCCCGACCUUAAUUACCGAAAUCCGCAGAUUAUCCAAGAAAUGAAGACGGCGGUUAAUUUCUGGUUGGAAUUGGGGGUGGAUGGGUUCUAUCUCCGCGACGUCUCAUUUUUGUACGAAGAUGCCCAGUUAACCGACGAGAGUCAGUUGAGUAGCUCGCAGGAAUACGUUUUCCAUAGCCACAAUAACACCCGUGACCUCACUGAAAGUUACCAAGCUGUGAACGACAUCUUUUUUGGCGCUAUUCAGCCACGGAUGAAUGCUGACAGAGUAUUGCUUAUGGAAACUAACGAUCGAGUCAUGAGUGAUGAAAAGUGGUUCCAAACAUAUCAAAUGAUGACGACCAACGCGCUCUACAAAUUGAACUCAACAUUCGACGGUUUGCAACUGAAAGCUGUUGUUGAACAUUCACUCGAGGCCUUCAACAAAACACACGUGUGGCCAAUCUGGUCGCUAGGUGACGAGACAAAAAGUCGCAUCUCGUCCAAAUUCAAUCAAUUGGCUGUCGGAUUACAAGUAACUCAAAUAUUCCUGCCGGGUUCAUCGUCCAUCUAUUAUGGUGAAGAGAUCAUGUUGAGCAAUAACCCGUCAAUCACAUACGAUCAAACAGUUGAUAGUGCUGCCAAGGAAGCUGGCCAAUCGAAUUAUAAUAAAAUAUCGCGGGAUCCCUUCCGCACUCCCAUGAAGUGGAACUCUUCCCGAAACGCAGGUUUCACUGUCGCGACAAAUCCUUGGCUUCCGGUGAACAACAACGACCCGACUGUCGAUUUACUAAAAUCCAGAACCAAUUCCGUUUGGUUCACAAUCAAGGACAUGAUUAGCCUGAAAAAGAGUUCGUUAGCAUUGACGAAUGGAACUAUUGAAUUCCCGAUGGUCGACGCGGACAUAUUUUCUUUUACCAGAGUUCACGCAACAAACAAUACCGGAUUCCUUAUUGUAUGGAAUGUCGGUAACCAGCGCAAAACCUUGUCUUUUAAUGAUGUCCAAUACAUCUCUAAUGACAUGACAGUGAUUCGCAAAGUCAAACCGGAGGGAAGUCGAACGGAGUCUGCGCCAGUUAAAAAGUCAGACGUAUCAGUGGAUUCUAAAGAGCUCAUCGUCUUUUCAUUCUGGAAGCAAUGAUGUGGUGGACUUGAGGGUAAUAUGUUGCUAUCAGAAGGAGACGAGAAAUCUAUAAGCUAAAAGAGAGACGCCAGCUUAUUACAAAGAAAAACUUGUCGGUAUGAAAAAAAAAAUGUUUAGUUUUUAAGAGAUCAUUUAAAACGUGACACCAUGAUUUAUACACCCCAUUUCAGAUAACAAAUCAGACAUUUUACAAUACAAAUCAUAAAAAAUUUUUUCAGGUUUUCUUUGCUUUUGAAUUGCAUGGACAAGUGUUUCCAAGAUUUAAUUAUCAAUUUUAUUUUAAUGCCUUCCCGUUUUCAUCAUGGUUUACGUGACCUCAAACAUAUUGACAAGGGAUAAAUCAUGGGCGAUUAAAAACUAGUCCAUAGAUGACUUAAGGAUUUUAAUGCUUUGGGAAUAAAAAUCUGGCACCAGAGAGAAAUAUCGGGAAUCGGAUCAUAGCCUAUUAGAUCACAUGGCUUAUACAUCUGAACUUUAGAAGCAUUCUAAUUGUUUUGUGAAACCUCCGAUCGAAGGUUCAUGUUUCUUGGAAAAAUUUCAAAAGAGCUGCUGGGGGUGUAUAUGUUGACGGAAGAUUUAAAGGUCAGUUAGUUGUCUUCAAGACUUAGAGAAGGACGGAUUGACACUCGUGAAAUGCGGACUCAUGGAGGCGUAUAUAGAGUCCAGCAAGAUCAUUUUACGAAAAAAGCUAUUCUAAAACGGUUAUACCUUAUAACCAGACAUUUGCUGAAGGUCCCGUUGUUAUCUUUGUUAAUAACAGCAUGUUGCUUCAUGAUAACCGAGGAAAUGCGAUCCUGGAGGCG